AUGAAGGGUGCUCGAUAUGCCAGGGAGGCCAUUCAGGAUCGAGUCAACUUAUACAACAGCACCUCUUCUGUUUCCUCGGUGGGUUUAAGGCCUCUAAGGCGUCAGUUUGAAGGUCAAGAGUCCAUCCCGCCAACUGAGGAUGUCACAUCCGAUUCGAUAUUGGAAUGCCAGCCACUCGAAACUGAUGGUGAAGGAGGGUUUGUAGAUCCCCAGGGGCGCCGUCGGACGCUUCGUGGCAUUAAUUUGGACGGAGCCAUGAAAUUACCCAACAAUCCGGAAAUCCAUAGCUAUGAUGGAGAUUGUCGAGAUCCCAACAACAUCUUCUUUGAGGGCGAUAACGUGUCGUUUGUUGGCAGACCGUUCCCCCUAGAUGAAGCGGAAGACCAUUUUCGUCGUAUCAAGUCUUGGGGUUACAAUACCAUAAGGUAUCUCAUCACCUGGGAGGCCAUUGAACAUUCUGGUCCUGGAAAAUACGACGAUGAUUUCAUCGAGUAUACUAUAAAAAUUCUUCGAAUUAUGGAUUCUGUCGGUGGACUCUACGUCUUUUUUGAAACCCAUCAGGACGUGUGGUCCAGAUUUAGUGGUGGAAGCGGUGCACCCAUGUGGACUCUAUAUGCUGCCGGAUUGCAACCCACUCGAUUCUAUGCAACUGAAGCAGCCCUUUUGCAUAAUAACCCCCGAUUUCACCACCCAGAAGAGCCAGACGACUACCCCAAGAUGAUUUGGACAUCCAAUUAUAAGCGUUUGGCUUCUUUGGUCAUGUUCACCUUGUUCUUUUCAGGAAGAAAUUACUUUCCUCAACUUUGCAUAAAUGGCAUGAAUAUCCAAGACUACUUGCAAAAACACUACUUCGAUACCAUUUCCUACUUUUGGAGCAAACUUCAUGAUACACUUCCUGACAUGUUUCGAAAAGGAACUAUACUUGGCUUUGAGCUGAUCAACGAACCUAAUUGCGGAUUGAUGGGUCAUGAACAUCUUAAACACAUUCCUGGAAAACAACAGCUUCGUGUGGGCACAACUCCUACCAUUUACCAAUCGUUCAAGUUGGGUAUGGGCUUUGCAUGCGAAGUCGAUGUGUACAAGAUCACCAUAACUGGCCCACAGAAAGAUGGGACAAAAGUGGUUGACCCAGAAGGUACAAUUGCAUGGCUAACAAAAGAGGAAGCCGUAGAAAUUGAUAAAAAAUAUGGCUGGAAAAGGGAUCCUCGUUGGAAGCUUGGUGAAUGCAUAUUUGCUCUGGCAAAAAUCUGGAAAUGGGACAAAAGUGUCAAUGUUGAUGAAUUGAAGGAUAUGACUCCACAGGAACGUCUUGAUUUAUCACUUUACAACUGUGAGUUGCUAUUGCCCAAUUUCUUCAACCAGUAUUCUGAAAAGCAUCAGUUUAAAGUGAAAGAAGGAUUCACACAAAAGGGAGUGGACAUGGAAUUUUUCACCAACCACAACUUUAUGGAGUUUUACAUUCGGUUUAAAAAGAUUGUUCGUGAUAUUGACCCAAACUGUUUUGUGUUUAUUUCAGCCGCCUGUUUUGGAAAAGCCUCCGACCAUCAAGGACGAUGA